AAGGGGGCUGAUGAUCAGGUGUGACCUUUGACCACUCACCUUCAGAGUCACCUGCCCAUCUACCUGAAGGGGGCGGAGCCUAAGGAUCCCAGCGCCGUCACCAUGACAAUGACCUCCUCCCAGCUCGGCAGAGGUCUGGGUCUGGUUCUGGUGGAGUUUCCGUAUGAGUACCAGGGUCGGGACGGGGUGCUGGUCUCCAUCAAACCCAACGAGCGCUACGUCCUGCUGGCUAAGACCAACGACCACUGGUGGCAGGUUUGCAGUGACCACGGCUCCAAGCCGUUCUACAUCCCUGCUGAGUAUGUGAAGGAGCUGCCGCCGGACUUCCCCUCCCCUCUAGACUUUGCCAAUCCACCCAAUCCUGAACCAGUGCUUCCGCUUCCUGUGGCUGCACCGGUCCCAGUCCCCGUCCCUGUUCCAAAGAGUCUCGAGGAACCAAGCCCAGGACCAAAAACCAAACCGGGGGACGAGGUGACGAUCCGGCUCAAACCUGAUGCUUCCACCACAUACCGCAAGACUGAGAACCGCAUGUCCACGUUUGGUGUCCCACUGGACUUCCAUGACCUGUCUCUGGUCGUGCCAGCACCACGUCACCCCAGCAAACCUCCUGUUGGUCCCGCAGAGACCGGGACCACAACCACCAGUGGGAUACCAAACGUGACAGACAAUGCUCUGAACAAAAAUCACCUUCCAGGUUUCCUGGAUGACCACAAGGACUCUGGGAAGCAUCGAGUAGUUCCAAGUUUCAGUCCGGCAGACCCCCUCUCUACACCCCGGCCCCAAACCCAGCCCAUCCCUGUGGAAACGCCGGUGGUCCCCGUGGUCCCUGUGGUCCCCCCCCAUAAUGAUAGCAAGCCCUCACCAUCUGCAGAUCACCAUGACGACCAGGAGUCCCCGAUAGAGCCAGAGGAGGAGGAGGAGGAUAAGGAGGUGAGCAUACAGGAGAGCACUGGUGAGGAGGAGUCACUAAAGGAGGAAGAUUCAAACCACAUCUACGAGUCCAUCCAGGACCUGAACCUGGACGUGGAGACUCUGAUUGGAGGAAGAGUGAGUCCUGGAGUGCCGCCUGAAACUGCACCUGCCCUGCCGCCCACACAGGUAAGACAGCUGAGACCUCCUCAGUCCCCCCUCGAGUUCAGACCCACACCGCGCAGCCAGCCAGACAACCCCAGCUUAAUAUCGAGUAAGUCGUCACAGAUUGUUCCUGAGUACACUGUCGAGCUGGAGGAGCCUCCAGUGGCCUGGCCUCCAAGGACAAUGUCAUCCAAGAAGAACGUUCUAGAGAACAACCACCAACCACUCACAGUACUACUGAUACAGAUCAAUAACAUUAGAGAACAAGACAGGUCUGAGGUCAGCUGCCGGCUCAUCCCUGGUCUGGAACUCUUUCCAGGAAACAGGAUCACGCUGUCCCGGAGGACGAGGACCGAAGCUGCUUCAGACAAAGAGGACAAAGACAGGAAGAGACAUUACAACGUGUUUGGCUGUCACCUGGACACACUCUGUCACAGAGAAAACACCACCAUUCCCAAAUUUUUGGAGAAGUGUAUCAGAACGGUGGAGAGGAGAGGUCUGGAUGUGGACGGGAUCUACAGAGUAAGCGGAAACCUGGCUGUGAUCCAGAAACUACGACACAAAGCUGAUCACGAGGAGCAGCUGGACCUGGAGGAUGGACAGUGGGAGGAGAUCCAUGUGAUCACCGGAGCCCUAAAGCUUUUCCUGAGGGAGCUUCCAGAGCCGCUUUUCCCCUUCAGCUGCUUUGACAAGUUCAUUGCUGCCAUCCAAGUCCCAGACUACAGCCUGAGAGUCUCCUACAUGAGGGACCUGGUUCGCUCUCUGCCUCUGCCGAACCAUGACACUAUGGAGCUGCUGUUCAAACACCUGCGGAGAGUGGUUGAGCAUAAGGACUCUAACAGGAUGUCGGUUCAGAGCGUCGCCAUUGUGUUUGGCCCCACGUUGCUCCGCCCCCAGACCGAGUCUGCCAAUAUGACGAUCCACAUGGUGUUCCAGAGCCAGAUAGUGGAGCUCAUGCUCAACGAGUUCCAGACUGUCUUCUCCCAGAGGUAGAGGGAACCUCCUGGAAGACCUCCAAACUUCACAAGACCUGCCAAAUAUCUUCAGAGAACCUUCUCGAACUUUGGAACAUCACCUUUGACUGAACUGCUGGCUAUGAUGCCCCUUUUUUAACCACUGUGCCUUAAACGACCCAAGUAGAACUUGAGUGGAACCACCUAGAACCCUGGACUCUUUUUUUCAAAGCAACAGACCAAAUGGAACAUAUUUCCUUCGCACCUUAAAAACCACAAAACUUUAAGCAAGAUCUAUUCCAACAAAUUCCAGGUCCUCCGAGAACCUUGUAGAUCUCUGUAACCAAACAUCGUCAUUUCAUGGAGGAUUACCGCAGGAAAUGAUCCUGCUAGAACCUGAGUGAAACAGUCUUGAACCCUGGACUGGUUUUUAAACCUUUAACUUGAUGUUACCAAUGCAAAAGAUCAGCAGAAAAAACUUGUUCCAGAGCUUUGUAGAUCUCAGGAGCCGAACCCAUCCUCCUCUGUGUUCUAACUGAUUCAGGUAGAACUUAGGUGGAACUAUCGAGCCCUGGACAAAAAUUUACUCAGCCCUUAAAACUCACAGAUUUCUCACUUUGAAACAAACUGCUCCAGAUUUGUCUGGAACCUCCAAAAACUCUGGACCCAAACAUCAUCUGCUGCUUUUUUAAAAUUGUGUGGAUACUAAAAUUAGAAGUUGGACCUGAAAUCUGUUGAGGCCACAAUGCUCUCACUACGAGACCACCUAAUUUUAAACAAUACUGCUGGAUCCUGAAUGGAACCAUCGAGAACUCUGGACAUUUUCUGAAACCUUCACUAGCGCCAUCACUCUGUCGUCAAGGCAACAGACCAAACAAAAUACACCUAUUUGACACCUCAAUAAAACCCAAAACCCAUACUUAUUUUGGGGAACAACUAUCCACACAGGUUCUAGAUCAUUUAGGAACCUUCUAGAACCUCCUUUCUUAUGGACUCCUGUGGAUAUUGGAGUUCACUACAUAAUACCUUUGUCUCACCACCAGACCACCUACCCUUAAAAAACCGAAGUAGAACCUAAGUGGAACUACAUAAAACCCAGGACUGGGUUGAACCAGCUGUGUGUGAGUUCUCUCAGUCAGGGUGUAAAGUCAACUCCAGACGAUCAACAACUAGUUAGUUUGUAAAUAAAUCAGCUCUGAAAUCAGUUGCACCACGAUUACUUGGAGCAUAACUGAACUAGUUUGGACAUAAAAUCAUAACUAAGACACACGACCAAUCAACAAUCAAAGAAAUUCUUUCAUCACCAUGGUUGCCGUGCACAUUAGCUUGCAUGAGCCACUAAGCAUUGUAACACAUCGUAGUAAGCUAGAUCAAUAUUGAAAUAUCAUAUCAUUAAUUUAGGUCUGUACUUGAUUACUGUGUCUCAAAAUGGAAGACUGCAGUUUUACCAUCAGUGAGUUUAACUGAUAUUUUAUGAUUUACACUACCUUAGAGGAUGUGUAACUAUUUAGUUGUUACUCAGAUUGAAGUUGCAACUUUUAUUUUUGAAUUGCAUAAAUUACAACUUAAUAAUAGUUUACAUUAUAACAAGGCUGAGUUUGAACUAACACACAGCUGCUGCUACAGACUGCUGGACUCCUCUAAGAUAAUGAAUGCUUGGAUCUGGAGAAAUGAAAAGCUGGAAUAAUGCAACAUACCAACAAUUUGAUGUGCCUUCUAGGAACCUCAACAAAACAAAAUAUCUACUACCUUAAAAAAGUAGACCUCCAUGACCCGUCGAUCUCUAGGGACUGUGCUUUUCUGUUCUUAAAGAUAUAAACGUUACAGAUGUUACGUGUUUAAAGGUCUCUCUCCUCAAAGAAUACAUCAAACCAAACAGGAGUUAUACACUUUAUGUGGAAAUUUUAUGACAUAAUGACUUACCCAUGGAUGUAAUUUUAGCUUGUUUUCAUAUCAAUUUUAUCAAACUCAUUAACUGUUCUCAGAAAAUAUAAAAAUUAUGUACUUACAGAGACUCUGGAGCCACUAACAUUGAUCAACUGAACACCAGUAUUCACAUUCAGACAAAAAGUCAAGAGAGGAAGGAACAAUGCAGCAGCUUUAGGUUUCCCAAACAAACUGGAAGUGUAAUCUCUCAUUGGAUUCUUCUUUUCUUUUAUUGUCAUAUUGUUUAAUUAGUUGAUUGGUAUAGAACAGAAAAGAUUUGAUUCUGAAGUCUUACCUGCUGACUCCAGUAUGUUUAAUCUCACAGUCAACCAGACUAGUUUGUAUUAAAAUUAUCUGCUUGUUGUUCACAGACUGGAGUCUCAGUAAGUAAGUAAGAGCUGAUGUGUUCCCCGUAUCGAUCAAUACAGAAACCAGAUUUGCACAGAAAACGAAUUUUCUAAAUCAGUGUAUGUUGACACCAAAUAUAUGUUUUACUAAUCAGUCCCUCCAGGAUUUUGUUUUUGGGAUCGUUGCAACAGCUUUUCUAAAACAAUUGCGAUGCACAUUGUGAUGUUUUUAGCAAUUAUUUUGGAACUACAUUGCAAGAGAAAGUUAAAAUUGCAAAAGUGGUUGCGAUUUUUUUAAAUAAAUAAUUGAUUAAAAAUCAAAAGCAACUUAUUCCAGUGAGAAUAAAAUAUCUAGUGGUUUGAUGUAUGGCUCAGUGAUUGGAGUGGGGAUCUGCUGUGAUAGGUGAAAAUUGCGGAAAAGUUGCAAUGAUGCACAGAAUUCACAGAGAUUAAUUGAACUUGUGUUGUGAUCACCACAUUGGAACUUCCUGGAGGGACUGCCUAACAUUUGAAAUGAACAAGACCAUCAUCGUAUUUAACACUGGAUCUUACAGUUUCGAGCAAUUGAGCCAAGUUCUGUUCUAGACUCAAAUGAGUAAUGAUCAAAUUUCUUCCAGUGGUUAUGCUAAGCUAGGCUAAAUGCAUCCUGGAUCUAUCUGUUCAUAAACAUCUGACUCUGGAGAAAACAGAAAACAAGUUUUUUCUUAAAUCUAAAUAAGUUGUAAUAGGAAGUUCAGAGGACCCAGGAGGCUUCUCCGAGGAACUCCACAAGUUAUUGAGGACAAUGAGGAUUUACACAAAUGUUUGUGGGUUUUUUACGGGAUGAACUUUACAGGGACAUUUUUACUGUUUGUGUCCUGCUGUAACGAUAAAUUCUAUAAAUGAUCAACUGUACAAUGUUGUAUGUUUUUAUAGUAUUGAGUUUAUAUGUAUAACAGAUAUAGAACAAAGUUAACACGGAAAGUUAACAUGGAAAAUUAACAGAUUAAACUCUGUAAAUAAGAGAGUAUUUUACUGACAUUCAAUAAAAAUAAAACUCAUCUGUAUAUCAGUGUCCAUGGGUGAUUUGUCAAAUAUUAUAUGGAAACUGAAAGUCACCAAGCAUAAACACUUGCUCAUAUAAAAUUCAUCUGAUUUCCAAUUCUGUCUCACUUUAUGGAAAAAACUGAAAAAACAACUACUUCUAUUAAACCAGUUUAUUUCUUGAUGAAUUCACAACAAUACU